AUGACCUUCCGCUGCUCCCGAUGCAGCCAGUCCUACCAGUCGUGGGCAUCCUCAAUCUGUCUUGAUCAGUCCUCGUUCACCGAAGCCGCGCGGUCAUUGUUCAUCAUGGCCGCUAUCGACCUCCUCGCCCUCGAAGCACGACACCAAGUGAUCAAACGAAGCAACUGGGCCGGCGAGAACCCGGGCGUGGUCCUGGUUUUCUGCAUCGUUUUCAUCGUUGCUGUGGGAAUCAUCGCACUCUUCAUCUACCGAAAAUGCAUGGCACGGAAAGCAGCUAAGCAGUCAUAUGAGGUCGAAGCUUGA